ACGAGUGGAGCCGAGCGCGGUGUGCAGCUAAGCUAGCUACGGACCGUGGCCAUGGGCGCGCACCUCAGCGAAUACACCGGCAAGGGCCCAUGCCACCGCGUACUCCGCCCAUGCCGCGUCGCGGACCCAGUUCCACCCAAGAUGGCACCACAGGUGCCCAAGCCCAGCGCCGGUCCGGUGGUGGAGGUGGAGGCUCCGUCGAGCUACGCCACGGCCGGCAAGGUCCUGUUCGUCGCGGCCGGGGCGUUCGCGGGCGUUCUCCUGGCCCUCAUCGCGCUGCACCUCUACAACAGCGGCCGGCGCCGGCGCGCGCGAGAGGGUCGCCGCCUCCAUCGCAGCCUGGCAAUCUACGUCGGCGGUGCGGACGACGAGGCGCCUUCUCCACGGGGGCUCGACCCCGCGGUGCUCCGGGCGCUCCCCGUGGUAGCCGCAGCCGUCGGCGCCGGGGACUGCGCGGUCUGCCUCGCCGAGUUCGAGCGCGGCGAGGAGGCGCGCGCGCUGCCGCGGUGCGGCCACCGGUUCCACGUCGAGUGCAUCGACGCCUGGUUCCGCGGGAACUCCACGUGCCCCUUGUGCCGCGCCGCCGUCGAGGCGCCGGACGACGCCGAGGCCCGUCCCGAGGUGCGCGUCGAUGUGGCGGCCGACGACGACGCCGCGGCCAAGGGCGGAGCGCCGGCGACAGGGAGGAUGUCCAGCGGCACGGAGCUUGACAAGACGAGGCGGGUCUCUGCUUCCACCCGAUCCGCUUCCUUCUGACGUGCCCAUGGAUGCGAGGAAGCUUCCUUGCUCCUUCCGACACCAGCGUCGAGGACCAUCAUCAGUUUUGGAGCAUUUAUUCCAUCUGACUGUGCAUAUUUUUGUGUUGGUGAUGAUGCUCGGUGUGGCUAAUUUUCUACAACAAAUUUGGUACAUUGAUUUUUUAGGCGAAUUUGGCACGUAGUUAGUAUUGCACUAGAAGAAAUAACGCUCAUGGUGAUGUGCUUCGUUGCUCUAUUAUUGAAUGUAUUGUUUGAAGAUUGUUUGAUGUAAUCUUCAGGGUGAAAACGUACGAUCUGAACUCAAGUAGUUGAAUUUGGCGACGGCAGCGAUUGCGCGCCAUUCACUUCCUAGAGGCAUUA